AAGAUGAUGAGGCCGAAGAGGAAUUGUAUCAUACCAACAAUCGCCGAGUUGAUAUUCUUAAAAGAUUGGCAGCUGAACCUGAAAAGCUUAAUGAUUUAAUUUUGGAUGACUAUGCUAAAAGUCUUUCAAAAUAUUACGAGUCACCGACCAAACUUAUACUUCACAACAUCAAAACUGAAUUAAUGAAACCUUAUGCGGAUCCUCGACGAAUUUUUGAAAUUCCCACGGCAGAACAAUUAUUUGAGAUGGAAACUGGUGAAACCGAUGAAACCCUUUUUGCCGGUUUAAUUGUAGCCGCCGAAAUUACCCGUGUUGAAGAAAGAGCUUUAAAAUGCCGGCUUACAGAACAUCAACUGGAUGGUACCAUUACCAUUGGUAACCUUGUGGAUUACAGGAUCACAUCGCAGGAUAUACAAUCAAAAUAUGCUGUUGGUCAGUUACUCAAAGCAAAAAUUAUAAAUAUCGAUAAGAAAAAAUUUACCGUGGCUUUAUCUACUCGUCCUC